CGGACAGACGUACUUUUAUUGUUGUAUUCUUUCAAAAAAUAUACGAAAAUGUUACCUCUAUUUCACUUAGCAGUGUUGUCCAUUAAUACCUUUACACUGUGGCACGAUCAAAAAUAUGUAGAUUUUCCAUUCAGAAAGGAAAUUUUAGUACUGGAUUUGCCAUUGAAACGAAGGGUAUUGAUGCUCACUUUUUGGGGUUUGACACUUCAGACCCUGUACUUCGCAGUUGCCCUACUGAAUGACAUCAUCGGCACCAAUGAACGAUCACCGAAAAAAGCGCCUUUCAUCAGAAAAAUAAAGGACGCCCUUUUUAGCCUGGCUUUCCCUGUAGCUCUCUACGUCACCGGUGCAUUCUGGACAAUAUACGCUAUUGAUAAAGAAUUGAUAUUUCCUGAAGUUAUAGCAAAAGUAAUACCUGUUUGGGCCAAUCACGUAAUGCAUACAUUCGUCAGCGUAUUCAUUACUGUUGAACUCCUCUUUGCAGCAAGAACUUAUCCUUCCAGAAAAGUCACAGUUUCUUUAACUUUCACAUUUAUUUUGGGAUAUUUGAUUUAUUUGCAUUUGAGUUAUUUAAAAUGUGGUGUUUGGAUUUAUCCUCUAUUAGAUGUACUUCCUUGGCAUUUGAGAACUGUGUUUUUUGUGCUAAGCACUCUUGUUGCUAUGUUUAUAUCAAUCGUUGGAGAAAAGUUGGAUUCUAUCGUUAAUCCAAAGAAAGAUAACGCAAAACAUAAGAAGCGAUAAGGGUAUUAAGUAAAAAAACAUUAAUCGAUUCAGUCAACCCACUUUAACUCAAUGAAAAGGAAUUUGAAAUUCGUUUUUUGUUUCGAUAAUUCAACCACUACAAGAAGUGCAAGAAAGUCACCAGUCUUACUGACGUGGAAUCGAUAUAGACUGAUCAUGUUUUACUACACUUAUCGCAUUAAACCGAUCCAAUAGCGUCGGUUUCCCCGUGUAGUACGGAUGUAUUUAAUCCACAGAACAAUAAAUACAGUAGAAGUGGUUAAUUAGCGUCCAACGCGUGCCAAUUAUAAUAGGUCUCGAAAAACCUAUCUGAGCUCAGUGCGCCAUUUUCGCUGUACGGUAUGAUUGUGUCAUUCUUUCGUACAAAUUCUCUAAAAUCAUAGAAAAAUGCCUUAUUGUGCUGUUUUGAAAUACAAAAAUGAUAGCCCCGCCAAAAAAAUUACCCGUGAUGGUAUUUCCUAUCAUUGGAAAGUCUUAUAUUAAUAAAUAUUAAAUUUUCUGUUCAUCGAUUUUUUUUGAUACAAGAAACGAAAGUAAGCCCCUGCAAUAUGGUCGCUUCUUGUUUGGAGGACUAAAUUAAUAAUUCCAAUUCGUCGACGUUCCGUAACGAACCGCAGAUGGCAGUACAUUGAUUGAAAUUUCAAUAUAAUAUCAGAACGUCGUAACUUGCAAUAAUAGGUAUUGAUGAUAUUGCACUUUCGACGAUAUGCCAACAUGAUAAACUUUAAAUUAUAUUAACAAUCCAGAAUUUGUUAUUCCUUUUUAAAUUUGAAACUACUACCAAUCAAAUAGAAUACUACGCAUUAGC